AUCACUCCCACCCGCGCUCCCAACACAGAAGUAGUACUCAGCAUAUUCAGCAGCCGUUCCGUAGCCAUUUUGGCUCAGGUGUCUAAAAGUGAGACCGCCACAUUCCGCGGCAGUCUUCCUGCAGCUUCUCCUCCAAGCCACCCGCCUGUCCAGACAGUUUUCGCAACCAUGCGUGAGGCGAUUUGCAUCCACAUCGGCCAGGCAGGCGUUCAGAUAGGCAACGCUUGCUGGGAACUUUUCUGCCUCGAGCAUGGCAUCCAGCCUGACGGGCAGAUGCCGUCCGACAAGACAAUUGGGGGCGGCGACGACGCUUUCAAUACAUUCUUCUCUGAGACGGGUGCCGGGAAGCACGUUCCUCGUUGUGUGAUGGUGGAUCUUGAGCCCACCGUGGUCGAUGAGGUCCGCACAGGUACGUACCGCCAGCUCUUCCACCCCGAGCAACUGAUCUCUGGGAAGGAGGACGCGGCCAACAAUUUUGCGCGCGGCCACUACACCAUCGGCAAGGAGAUUGUCGAUCUGGUCCUGGAUCGCAUUCGGAAGCUUGCCGACAACUGCACGGGGCUCCAGGGAUUCAUGAUCUACAACGCAGUCGGCGGGGGCACUGGUUCAGGGCUCGGCUGCCUGAUGCUGGAGCGUCUGUCGGUGGACUACGGCAAGAAGACCAAGGUCUCAUUCACGGUGUGGGCGUGCCCGCAGAUCGCCACGGCGGUCGUGGAGCCUUACAAUACUGUUCUGUGCGUACAUUCUUUGUUGGAGCACACGGACAUCACUAUAAUGUACGAUAACGAGGCGUUGUACGAUAUUUGCAGGCGAAACCUUGACAUUGAGCGCCCCACCUACACGAACUUGAACAGGCUUCUGGCCCAGAUCAUAUCCUCUUUGACGGCGUCGUUGCGCUUUGACGGCGCGCUCAACGUGGACAUCACUGAGUUCCAGACGAAUUUGGUGCCAUACCCGCGCAUCCAUUUCAUGCUCUCGAGCUACGCACCAGUGAUUUCUGCCGAGAAGGCGUACCACGAGCAGCUCUCUGUGGCCGAAAUCACCAUGUCCGUGUUCGAGCCCUCUGCCAUGUUUGUCAAGUGCGACCCCCGCCACGGCAAAUAUAUGGCGUGCUGCAUGAUGUAUCGUGGCGACGUGGUGCCUAAGGACGUGAACGCAGCGGUUGCCACGAUCAAGACGAAGCGCACAAUUCAGUUUGUUGAUUGGGCUCCCCGGCUGCGGCUACGGCCGCGGCCCGGCAGGGGGAGGCUCGGAGGUGGCUGUACCCAUGUCCUUGCCACACUGCUGCCGAAAGUCCAACCUCACCUACCGACGAAAGUCUGGCGGGGAGCGGGAACGAUCCCACGGCGCUGUGGCAGCCUCUCCCGCCCCCUCCGGCUCGCCGGAGGUUUCGCGGGCUACCCUCCGGGGUGGAAGGGCGCCAACGGCACGUGGUUGACGCGGCUAACGAGGCUCUGGCGGGCGUGGCUCUGGGCUGGAGAAGUACCUCGCACGAGGGACUGUCUGCUGACCGGGGCCAUAUGCUGACGAGGUGCCCGGGGUGUUCCCAGCUUCGGGAUUCUCGGUGCUCGUGCUACCGCGUAGGCAGUGGCGGGGGGGCCAAUGACAUGCAGGGAAUUCAACCGGCCCGCGGGUCGCAGCCUGACAGGUGGGUGGGCCAGCCGACCUACAUGUGGGAGUGCCUUAUAAAGCUCCGGCCUACAGGAAUGCCCAUGUGCGGACCGUCGCGCUGGUUGCCGUUACAGCUCCUGGCCUGCUCCGAACUGCUACAGAAUCCAGAAAGGGGUUCUACGGGAUGGGCGCCCCGUAACAGAUCCAGCACGCAGUGGGGGUCUCUACUGCGUCAACGAGAUCCCCCCCGGAGGGCCGACCCGAGGCCGCGGCGCGGCCCGCACGCGGGUGCUUAUUGUUUGUUGAUUGGUGCCCUACCAGAUUCAAAGUCGGUAUCAAUUACCAGCCUCCCACCGUGGUGCCUGGCGGCGACUUGGCGAAGGUGAUGCGCGCGUGCUGCAUGAUCAGCAACUCCACGGCCAUCGCGGAGGUGUUCUCCCGCAUCGAUCACAAGUUUGACCUGAUGUAUUCCAAGCGCGCGUUCGUGCACUGGUACGUCGGCGAGGGGAUGGAGGAGGGCGAGUUCUCAGAGGCCCGCGAGGAUCUGGCCGCGCUGGAGAAAGACUACGAGGAGGUCGGCAUCGAGACCGCCGAGGGUGAGGGCGAGGAGGAAGGAUACGGCGACGAGUUCUGAGCCAGGCUGCUCAGCUGCAGCGGGGCCGGCGUGUCCUGGCGGCCCAAUAAUCUUACCUGCAAGAAGUCUGGCACAUUUCUGCGGCGGGACGGGGAACGCACCGCUACGAUGUCGAGCACCGGCCCGCUCAGAGCGAUCGUCUUGCCGGCGUGUUUCGCCUGCGGUGAAUCAAUCGCUGAAUUCGUUGGGCUCCAGUUCGCUGAGUUUACGGCGGCCCGCCCACCCUCCCAGGGAGUUCCUUCCUUCUCUCGCCUUUCUCCGCUCGGCCCCUCUACAGUGGUGGCCCGCGGAAGGCAGGGACGUCUAACUUAGACGACCUCGCACAAGGGAGAUGGCCAGGGCACCGCCAAGGCCAAGGCGUAGAGCACCGCCGUGGACAGGCAGAGUCGGUCGCCUCGCUUGUCAUGCGUGCGAGCUGAUCGGUGAACAA